AUGGAUGUGAAUAAUGCUUUCUUGCAAGGGGAUCUCUAUGAAGAUAUCUACAUGGAACUGCUACAAGGUUUCCAGAGACAAGGGGAGUAUAAGGCAAGGUAUCAUCAGAGUGCUUCCGAUCAUUCACUCUUCACUAAGAACACAACAUCAGACAUUGUUGUUAUCUUAGUAUAUAUGGAUGACUUGCUUAUUACUAGAAGUAGUGCAAAGCUUAUAAAGGAAGCCAAGCAGACAUUACAGAACUCUUUUAAGGUUAAGGACCUAGGGGAGUUAAGGUACUUUCUUGGCAUUGAAGUUUUGAGAUCAAAGAAGGGGAUCCUACUUACACAAAGAAAAUAUGCACUCCAGUUGAUAUCAGAAGUUGGACUUGCAGGAGCUAAAUCCAUCUCUACUCCAAUAGAGCUCAAUCAGAAGUUGACAACUAUUGAGUAUGAUAAGCAUGUAGAGGUAAAUGGAGAUGCAGAACUUGAGGACAUAGGGAGUUAUCAAAAAUUGACUGUGAGAUAUGUAAAGGCAGCACCAGGCCUUGGGAUUUUGCUUGAAGCAGGACCUAUUGAUACAUUUUCUGCCUAUUGUGAUUCAGACUGGGCUUCUUGUCCUAAUACUAGGAGGUCUAUCACAGGGUAUGUCGUCAAAUUGGGGAAUUCUUUAUUCUCAUGGAAGUCCAAGAAGCAACAGACUGUCAGUCGAAGCUCUGCAGAAGCUGAGUACAUGAGUUUAUUAGCAGCGGCAACAGCAGCAGAAAUCACAUGGUUACUAGGAUUGCUUAAGGAACUAUAG